AUGGACGUUGAUGAAGGACGCACGACAGUUCGUGUGCCGGCCAUUGAUCCAGCACCACCAGGUAAAGUGAACCCGAAUCGACCAGUCCCUGCGACACUCUUUGCAGGGCCCUACCAGUCAACCUUCGCACUCAAGGUAGCAGCAACUACGCCCGAAGUCAUGAAAUGCCUUGGGCAUGUAAACUGCAGUUACCUCUCCACCCCAGGCAUGGCACCUACGCUCCUCCAACUGAAGCAGCACGCACAUUCCCUCACCGUGCUUAUCAAGCAUAUGACCAUCUCGACAGCGCCAGCAGUCAUCGACAAUAGGAAUUUAUCCAGCGGGGGCACAGGAGAAUUUCACCAGAAUGAGAGUUACGACUGGUUAAAUGAUCUCUCGAAGCCGUACGAAAAUCCAGAUCGUCAUCAUCAGAUGCCUCUCACCAGCCUUCUGAAUACCAUUGAGCCCGAUGCUAGCAGGUCCCGAUCAUAUGCGAACAUUUGUCCAUUGCAUCCUGCCGAUGUCAGGACUCCCAAGAACGGGCUAAGUUUGCCAUAUGCGACGCACCAGUCCUUGAUCGAGCACGCGAAUGAAAUCUUGGAACUCCUGGAUCAUGAGUACAGUGCAAAGGGGGGACUGCUCUCCAUACUUCCCCCCAAAGAGCAAACCGAGGAUCGCGAGAAGGCCGAAACAACCUUACUCGGCCAGCUCAUACUCUACAUUUCACGCCUCGUGCAACGCCUCCAUGAGCUCGAACGCGAAUAUGCAAAUGCACUGGAUGUCAUCAAGGGCGAGGCAGCCGUCCCGCAUCAGGCACUAUCCAAGCUUGGGCCCCAUGGACGGAAGCCUCGAGAGAUGGUAUACCCUCAAGACCGCUUCGUGCUGGUGAAUGCCGGUGACGAUGUCUGGCAAUUCCUAAGCAACGAAUUUGAGAGGAAAGAGAUCAACGAUGCGGAGAAAGAUCGGGAGAGGCGCGCGCUGGGUAUCAGUGGAGAUGCGCUCUGGGAGGAGAAAGAUGGAGUUGAAUUCGCCAGGGGCAUUACGACUUUGGAUGUCACAACUCGUUACUAUCGUCUCCGUGGCGAUCCCCUAAAGACCGUCUUCGUGAUUCCGGCGUACCAAGAACAUCCUGGCACCAGAGUCACAAGAGAGACAGAGCGUCAGCCUACGGUUGUCAGUGUGGUAAAGCCAGUAUGGCCAGAGCGAGUUAGCACGUGGGAGCUAAAAAAGCGCAGUGAUAUGGAGGAGCUCAAAGUCCUCAGGGAAAAAUUCUCAGAGCAGGAAAAAGAACUGGAACUUGCG